AUGACGUCGUCUAAUUCUUUCGAUCGAUCUAAUCGGUUCAACUUAUUGAACCAAAAAUCCGGUAGCACGGCCAAUUACCGGUCUGGUUAUGAAAACCAUGCUCGGCAGCAGAGCUCCAUCGCUGGUUUCACCCGUCAUAAUACGGCGCCGUUUGCUGCUGGUCGGUGUGUUUUUCGUCAUCAGUGUGGGAUUUUCCAAUCUCUGCCCGCCUCUUCCCUCUCCCUUUUAUCACAAAACAGGCAGCGCUCAGUCUCUCCCCUCUUCCCCCUCUUAAGUGCGCAAUCAGCAGAUAAGACCGUCCACACUGCGAAAAUGGAAACGAAUAGCGACACUGUUCCAAGCAUCGUCGUUUAUGGUAAGAAGUUAGCUGGAAGCAUUGUCAAAGAGAAACUUGCAGCAUGUGUUAAUAUAGUACCAGGUAUUGAAUCAGUAUAUGAAUGGGAGGGAAAGAUCAACUCCGAUCCUGAGGAACUGCUCAUAAUCAAGACAAGGCAAUCUCUUCUCGAAGCUCUAACAGAGCAUAUCAAGGCAAAUCAUGAAUGAUGUACCAGAAGUAUUUGCCUUACCCAUCACUGGUGGCAGCCCACAGUAUCUAAACUGGCUCAAGACCAGUACAAGGGAUUGAGUUUCCCAGAUGUGGUAUUUUCCGGAACGCUUGAAACCAUUAAGUAGUAUUUCCUUUAAGAUGCCAAAUCACAUAUAUGGUUUGCAUGGAUAGAUGCCAUUAGAACAUUAGAAUAAAGGUGGCAUGUCAUUCUUGCAAUAUGAAAAGUCAAAAUCGAGUUAUGAUAGGUAGGAUCGUUUUAGAGUGAGUGACUUUAGAUGUAAGACAUGGAAUUCUAUUCGAUAAAUAAAGGGGCAACCCGUAUUCAAUAAUGCAAGUAUUUGAUCCCCUCAA